UUGCGUCAUUAAUAAACUAGACACGGCGGAGAUGAGCGGCGAUCAUUCAUCAGAUUAAAAAAAAGGAGAAUAUACUCUAGAAGGGAAGGAACGAUGGUGCUGUGGGAGAUAACUCUGGGAACAGCCUACUUCUUGGGGCUGAGGCGGACUUAUAGGCUCGCCUUGAAGAUCCAACGUCGGAUUGUUAGUCCCAAGCACCCAAAAAUCCGUCAAUUUCUUCAUCGGAGGACUCGUAAAAUUUUCGAUGUGGCAGUUUCCGUUCACAAGAACAUUCAGCAUAGAGACAUUGAAGUUGGUCGGAGUCUCGGCAACUGGAUUCUCCGUUGGCUCGACCGGAUGAAACCGGCUGCUCAGAUCCGUACUCGACCUGAACCAAACUCCAAAGUUGACAAGGCAAAAAGGCUAUCGGAAUCAAACACGACCCAGAGUCCACCAAAACGUGAAUCCGAUAGGCACUUGUUCUCUUCACUGAAUCACUUCCAACACAGGCCUUUCCCGACCGUCUCUACCAUGAUCCAGCCACCUAGUAGACCUAAUGGAAUUACUACUCAGUACAGACAUUACAGUGCCGGUGCACACGCCAGUCUGAUUCCUCCGAGCUAUGUAAGAGGCAGCGAGUUCGAUGGUGUAAUCAGGAAGGACAUUUUGCAGUGGAUGUUACAGAGAUGACAAUCAAGCAUCAAAAUCUCCCGACAUAAUUGAGCACCUUUCUACUUUUAAAUUUCAUAAACUAAUGUGACUCUGUGGAUCGUUUCGGAAGUAUGUCUCAACCUCUUGUCUUAACCAAUGAUGUAAAGUUUCCAAGCGUGAAUUACGCUCACUUGGCCAGCAUCUCUCUAGCAUACUUUUGAUCAUGA